AUGGACUUACAGAAGGGCACCCAAACCGUGGAUGAGUACCUCCGUCAUGCCGAAUCCAUUGCUGAUUCCCUGGCUGCGAUUAAUGAACCGGUCUCCAAUAAGGACCUCGUCACUGGCAUUCUUCGUGGCUUGGGUCCCGACUACAAAAUGCUUGUCACUGCUCUCUUAAAUUUUCCUCCUCUUCCUGAUUUUGCUGAUCUGCGUGCCCGUUUGCUUUCAUAUGAAGCGCAGAAUCCUCGCACUGACCUUGUCCAAUCCGGUCAAUCCACAGCUCUCUUGGCCGUCCAGCCUCCCACCUAUUACUCACAUCGUGGGGGCUUUGUCAACCGCGGCAGUUCUCGUGGACGUGGUCGUGGCAACCGUGGUCGUCACGGUUGUGGCUGGAACCAGUCACAACAUCAGUCUCCUUCGUUGCAUCAUAAUGGUCCUUUUGGUUCCUCCCAUAGCUGGCAGCCAUUCCAACAAUCCAAUUCCUCACCUCAAUGGCCUACUUUCUCACCGUGGCAACAUGGGCCUCAUCCACAGCCCCCAUCCUCUUGGUCUAACAACAGCAGUCAACGCUCUUAA